AGCAAGACAGCCAAGGUUCCCAGGAAGCCCCGACCCUCCCCUCCAGAUCCCACGGAGCGCAUUUCACAAAGGAACGACUCUGACCCUUCCCCCAGCCAGCCUCAUCCCGUCUCUUGGAGCUGGCCUGCUUCACAGAGAUUUGGGCUCCCGGUAACAUCCCAAGCCAGACGACGCCUGCGCGCCCAAGGCCCCGCCUCAGUGAGGGACGGGCCUCUCCAGAGCGGAAGGAAGCCGGAAGUAGUGUCUCCGGAACCCGGAAGUUCUGGCAAGGAAAGGCGGGCGAGGACUUCAGCCGGGAUGGAUGAUACGCUCUUUCAGUUAAAGUUUACAGCCAAGCAGCUGGAGAAGCUUGCCAAGAAGGCAGAAAAGGACUCCAAAACAGAACAAGCCAAAGUCAAGAAGGCCCUUCAGCAGAAGAAUGUGGAAUGCGCUCGGGUCUAUGCAGAAAACGCCAUCCGGAAGAAGAAUGAAGGCUUGAACUGGCUGCGCAUGGCUUCCCGUGUAGAUGCCGUGGCCUCCAAGGUCCAGACAGCUGUGACCAUGAAGGGAGUAACCAAGAAUAUGGCCCAGGUGACCAAAGCCUUGGACAAAGCUCUCAGCUCCAUGGAUCUUCAGAAGGUUUCGGCUGUGAUGGAUAAGUUUGAGCAGCAGGUCCAGAACCUGGAUGUCCACACUUCAGUGAUGGAGGACUCCAUGAGCUCAGCCACGACCUUGACGACACCCCAGGAGCAGGUGGACAGCCUAAUAGUGCAGAUUGCCGAAGAGAAUGGCCUGGAGAUCAUGGAUCAGAUGAACCAGCUGCCCGAAGGGGCCUCGGCCAUGGGAGAGAGCUCUACUCGUACACAGGAGGAUCAGCUAUCACGAAGGUUGGCUGCCUUACGGAAUUAAUUCUCCCGCACCCUCGCAGACAGUUGCUCCUGCCUUGUUCUCUUAUGAUUUGUUCUCUUAUGAUUCUGCCUGGGGCCCUGGCCUUCCAGCCCUCUGACCAACGUCUUCAAGGGUAGGGAGGCCUGUCUAGUCCUGCGGGCCUGCUGUACCCGGUGUGGACCUGCUCCUCAUCCAGCAACAAUAGCUACUUCUAAAGAAGCCAUGGUGACAGCAAGGCUCUGUGUGAGCAUGCCUUGUCCUUGGCAAAGGUCUCUCCUGGAAUGGAUGCCCUGCCUUUCCCAACAGUUUCUCCUUCCAGUCUGCACUUCCCACCUUCCUUCUCCUCCUCCUCCUCUUUUUUGGCCUGUUGAGAGGAACCUGAGCAUACAGAGCUUGCCAGGGUGGGAGCACGGCUCUCGGGGGAGUUAGCCUUCCUAAGAGGGCCAGGAACAGCCCUGGUGCUGCAUGCGUAGAUUCCAGUGUGCUGAUUGUUCCUCCUGAGGUCAGUUCCUGCCCCGUUCUCUUUUCCUUCUUAUGGGAUGGAGUGGGGGGAACAGGCCACUUGCAAACUGGGAAGAUGCUGCCAGGAAGAUGGGUAUGUCCCUUUUCCUAGCAGCUCUGGAACCUGCCUUGAAUUUACACACCACAAAGUGACCUUUGAAAACAGUGGGCCUGCUCCCCCUUGGCCUUCAUGCAUGCGCCCCACAGCUUGUCAUAGGGGGGGGGUGAGGGGAAUGUCUGCCUGGGUAUGGAGUAGCCCUUUCCUCCAAACAUCCCAGCUUCAGGAGAGCAUCGUCCUUUUGCCUGACUGGCGUUUGAGCUCCCUCCAUUACUACGACUUAAAAGCAUUGGGACAUCCUUGUAUAGAAAGUGUGUGUGUGUGUGUGUGUGUGUGUGUAAAUGAGAGCCAAAUCCCUCCUUCCUUGAGAAUUCAAUUUUCUUGUACAAACCAGGCUUGGGGUGGCAAGCAAGUAUUUCCUCUCCACAGUUGGCAUUAAGUGUAUAUUUCUCCUUUCCCCUCCUCAAUCGCUCCAGGCCGAGGCCUUCAGCUGCCUUGCUCCUCUGAGCCAGGAGGGCCAGAGAUUAUGAUCAUCUUCCCUGGAACAUUUUUUACAGAGCAGUGAAUUCUCCAACACUAAGAAAAAUUCUCUUUGCCUCUUUUUUUUUUGUUUUUUGUUUGUAAAUGAAAAGUGAAUGUUGUCAAUUGUUUUAAUGCUGGCUUAAAUAAACAAACUCUAGGAAGCAGGAGCUGUACUGCGGUUUGCAAA